AAAAUGGCGAUUGAAAGCUUUUCGGGAACAGUUGGCUUUCUGAUUUUAGUUAUCUUGGCAGUGUCAGCACUUAAGGUCGAAGGGGAGAGAUCCUUUGUAAUAGAUUAUGAUAACGAUACCUUCCUCAAGGAUGGCAAACCUUUCCGCUACAUUUCUGGCAGUAUCCACUACAGCCGUGUACCGCCGAUCUACUGGAGAGACAGACUGGAGAAGAUGUAUGCGGGUGGACUCAAUGCGGUACAAGUGUAUGUGCCCUGGAAUUUCCAUGAGCUGACUCCAGGGAAUUAUGACUUUACUGGAAAAAGAAAUCUUGAGCAGUUUCUCCAAAUUGCUCAAGAUGUAGGCCUGGUUGUCAUUCUCAGGCCAGGACCAUACAUUUGUGCUGAGUGGGAUUUUGGUGGCCUGCCUGCUUGGCUGUUGAAGGAUUCGCCUAAUAUGGUUGUAAGGACAAUGGACCGAGACUAUAUUGCGGCUGUAGACAGAUGGCUGAAUGUCUUGUUACCCAUUGUCCGCCCUUACCUGUACAGUAACGGAGGGCCCAUCAUCACUGUACAGGUUGAAAAUGAGUAUGGCAGUUAUUUCGCCUGUGACUAUGACUAUUUGAGAUACCUAGAGAAGAAAUUCCGGGCUCUCCUUGGUGACAACAUUGUCUUAUUCACGACAGAUGGGGCUGGAGUGUCGUACUUAAAAUGCGGAACACUGCAAGGGCUUUACGCCACAGUGGACUUCGGCAUCUCAUUAAACCCUGCUGGUGUUUUUAAAAUCAGUCAAAGGAAGUUUGAACCAAAAGGGCCUUUGGUGUGCUCAGAGUUUUAUGCAGGCUGGCUUGACCACUGGGGUCAAGAGUUUGCCCGAGUCAACGGCUCCGCGUUUGCCUAUUCUUUGGAUCUGAUGUUACAAGCGGAGGCCAAUGUCAACAUAUAUAUGUACCAUGGUGGCACUAAUUUUGGCUACACAAAUGGUGCCAAUUACUCUCCGAUACAGUCCCACAUCACGAGCUACGACUAUGACGCUCCAUUAACAGAGGCUGGUGACAUCACAGAGAAGUACAAGCAGAUACGAGAUGUGAUUUCUAGAUACAGGAAAAUCCCAUCUGUACCAAUCCCUCCAUCCACAACCAAAGGCUACUAUGGGAAAGUGCAUAUGGAGUUUCAAAUGUCAUUAGCUGAGGCCAUCGCUGCUGGGAGUUUUGGUCAGCCAGUCAAAUCACGGUAUCCUUUGACUCUGGAGCAAGUAGGGACAGGAGAGACAUACGUCUACAUCCAAUACAGGACCAUAUUGACUUCUAACUUCACAUCAGCUGUGCUUGCAUUGGACUGUGUGCGGGAUCGUGGUUACGUCUAUGUGGGAUCCAUGUUCCAAGGAAUCGCUACGCGUGAUAACGUGACGAACAUCACAGUGACUGCCCGAGAGGGGGAUGCCCUAACUAUCAUUGUGGAAAAUCUAGGCCAUAUUAAUUUUGGGUCUGCUAUGGUCAACAACAGCAAGGGUCUGAUUUGUAACGUAACUUUGGGUGGAAAGUUGCUGGAAGACUGGGAGAUGUAUCCACUGUAUGUGGACAUGGUCGUCAACUCAACAGAUGAUGUUCCCUCCAAGUUGAGGCCAGUUGAGCUGAUGAACAAGUCGCCCGUGAAAUAUAUCCAGUAUAAGCCAUCAUUUUGGAUGGGCAGUUUUGAUGUCCCGGGUACUCAGAUGCCUGUUGACACAUUCUUAGACCCCCGGCCAUUUUCAAAGGGACAUGCCUUUAUUAAUGGAUUUAACCUGGGUCGAUACUGGCCGACCCGUGGGCCUCAGGUCACGCUCUUCGUCCCAAAAUCUGUACUCAAACCAUAUCCGGAGUCCAAUACAGUCGUAUUGUUUGAGGUGGAAAAUGCACCUUGUGCAGAUUCUUUAGACUGUUCUGUGACAUUCGUAGAUAAACCAUUCCUGGACAAAAAAGUCAGUGGCACCUUAUCAGAGUCGUCAAAGAAAAAAUACUCGUGGGCAUUUGAUUGGAACAGAGAACACUGAUGAUUAUGACUGUUUUAGGUCUUUCUACACUUAAAAAACAAUUGUUUCAGACCAUUUCAAACUAUGUUUACAUCAUGGCGUCGAUGGCUGUCCAUCGCCAUGCAUAGAGGUGGGUACACUUUUGAACCUAAGAUUAUUAAGACAUUUUUUAUAUUUUUUGUUAAAUUUUUGUUUUAAAACUGUUGAAAAUAUUACAGGGACUUGAUUCCUGUGAUUAAGGAAUAAAAGUAAGUUUUUUUAAUAAUUGUUAUAUGGUUUUGUAUUGAUUUGUUUUGUUUUUAUGUUGUUGUUGAACAGUGACUGUUGUGACUGAAUGUUUAAUGGUACAUCAAAUACAAAUUCCUGUUGUUCGUUUCCAAAUUUAUUAUAUUGUUUUUUUUUUGGCUAAAAUUAUUUAUUCCUUAUUUCAUAUAAAGAUGUAAUUCAUGAAAUGUAUUGGGGGUUAAAUUGUUAUACAUCAAAUUAUGCUGAAUUUAAAUACUAAAUUCAAUAUCUCUCUUCUUGUCAAAUUGUGGUAGGGCUUAGGCCUAAGGUACCUGUUGGAAGAAAAAUGAAAUAUUUUAGAAUUUUAAGAAAGAUUGAGCAAGGUUUAAGAAUUUCAACAUAAAAAUCAAAAUCUUUUCUUCAGUUUGCGGUGGAAUAAUGUGACUAGGCCUGCCUUUUUAUAUGUACAUGUAUAUGAAGAAUAGCAUCUUGUAAGACUGUAAAGUUAUAACAUGUCAUAUUGUCAUUAUUUGUCGACAUGCAAAUGUUUCAGUUUGUAAGAUUAUGUUGUCUGUAUUUCAUUAAUUAUACAAUGAUGGGCUUUCAGUGUA